AUGUCCUCUCAAGUCCUCUUCAGCGCCAAGGGCCUAGGCAAAAAGAAAGAGGAUGGGUCCUGGCUCUUCCGCAACAUCGAUAUCGAGGUCAAGCAAGGCGUCCUAACCGUCACUGGGCCCUCUGGUGUCGGUAAAUCAACUCUCCUCAAGUGCAUCAAUCAGCUCCUCUCCAUGGACGAGGGCCAAGUUUAUCUCCAAGACAAGACUCCAGAUCAGUGGGGGAUCGCUAACUGGAGAACAAAGGUCAUGUAUAUCCCUCAGCGCACCGCCGUCAUGGAGGGAACGCCUCUUGACUUUUUGGAGGAGGUCAGAAAGUUCAAGACCCACAAGAAAAACGAUAACUAUGACGAUCCUGUUCAGAUCGGACUCGACUGGGGAGUUCGCCCGGAACUUUGGCACAGCAAAUGGAACAGCCUCUCAGGUGGAGAGAUGCAGCGCAUCUCUCUGGCAAUCGCAUGCUCCUUCCGCCCAGAGAUCUUGCUUCUCGAUGAACCAACAUCGGCGCUGGACGAGGAGAGCUGUAACAAAGUUGAAAAGACACUCCGGCAACUCAAUUGCAUCUGGGUCACCCACAACCCUCAACAGGCCAAGCGUGUCUCCUCGGCCGGAACACUCACCAUGCGUGGCGGAGAUGACAGCGAGCCUAGCAGUCCCUUGGGCAUCACUGUCGAGGAGGAUGGUGUCCACGGACAUGGAAAGGGAAACGGAAGUGCCGCUAACAGAAGUAGCAAUGGACAUCAAAAGGGCGAGGCCAGUCGUAGCACCUCCACAUCCCACGCUUCCACAUCUUCAUCGUCCUCCAAGGGCACGCCCGCUGGCAGCGGACAUUAG